UUGACGCACGGCGGAGAUGGUGCUGAUGAAGCGGGGCGGAUGUGGCCGUGGAUCCGUACGGAUAGAGCGGCACCGCAAGCAGAAACUUGUGUCCAGAUUGAGCGACUCUGGUUUUGUGGAAGACUUUGCAGUUUCUCCUCCUCCUCCUCCCUCGCCUCUGCGUGUGGACGAACCGGAGGGUGACCCGGCAGGACAAGCUUCGACCUGGUACCUCCAGUACGGUGACGUCGGCUACAGGAUCCAGGGGGAGAGGGAGGCGCUGUUUUACCCGUGCCAAAGCCUCGCUCUCCAGCCACAAGUGACGGCCGAGGCACGCUGCAAGCUGGUCAGCUGGCUCAUCCCUGUUCACACGCACUUCCGCCUGUCCUUUGAGUGCUGCUGCCUGACCGUGAACAUCAUGGACAGGUUCCUGGCGUGCACGCCGGUGGCUGCCGACUGCUUCCAGCUUCUGGGUGUCACGUCGUUACUGCUCGCCAGCAAAAAGGUGGAGGUGUGCUCCCCCAGCAUCAGCAACCUCCUGUCCUUGUGCUGCGACACCUUCACCAAGGAGCAGCUCUGCAACCUGGAGUGUCUCAUCCUGCUGCGCCUCCGCUUCCGGCUGGGCGCGCCCACCCUGGCCUUUUUCUUGGAUUACCACGCCAACCGCACGGGAGCCGCCAGCGGGUCCCAGAGGCGUCGCAGCAGCCUGGCCCGAAAGGUGUGCGAGCUGAGCCUGGCCGACUACGCCUUCAACAAGUACGCCCCGUCUCUGACCGCCAGCUGCGCGCUGAGCCUCGCAGGCGAGUUGCUCCAGGCCGAACACGUGAGCGGCCGGUCGGAGGAUGAAUCAAAGGCCAACAUGAUGGAGGAUCAGAGUGGGAGCAAUCACAGCAGUUUGGCUCGGGAGUGCCGAGACAACCUGAAGCUGCUGGCUGCUCUCAACCAGGCGUCACUGGAGGUGCUCUCCAACAUGUGAACUCAAGUUGAACAUAUGCAGCAAAUUUUGACCGUACUUUAAAUACAUUAUCCUCACAUGUACCCUACUCACAAAAAUGUGAUAAGGAUUUUUGUCAGAAAUUUCUGGAUGAACCUAAAAUGCACUACAACCUUUACGGGUGAACGUAAUCUGACUUUUUAAAAUCUUUUUAAUGCAAGUCCAAAAGUUCAAUGUUUCAGUACUUUUUGCACAACUUGCUGUUCUACAACAAGGAGCUGAAUGGCAAAAUGAACAACAGGUGUUUGAUCCAUAAACCGACCAAUACAUUUCCAAGAAUGUCCACUUCCAUGCCU